UUUUUGUAUAAGGAUAAAAUUUGAUUAUUUUUCUGGAAUGGAGGGAAUAGAAUGAUCUUUUGGGCAAAGUCAUUUAUGGGCAUUCUGAUAUUUUUUUUCCCUCGUAAAACUUUUGAUGUUCCUUUAUAGGAGGAGCUCUUCCAAAUGGAAUAAAUGAGGUUUUUUCUCCUCAACAAAAGGAGAAAUUUUUACUACUUUCGUAGUUUAUAAGUUGAGAAGUUUCACAGAGUUUCAAGAAAAGAAAGAAGCCAUGAACUCAACAUUAGCUCCCUUAAAUGUAUCUCUUCCGACCUUACAAUGGAGACUCAGACAGCAACUUCCGUUCAAUUACACCAAUUUCCCAUUAUUAGCAAUUUCGGAUGAUAUCAACCGUCCGAAAACCUUUCUCUGUUCCAACUCCAGUACUUUUACAGUAACAGCACCUUCAGAAACUGAAGCGGGGGAUUCGGGUGAAGAUGACGGUGACGAUGCACCGACGUCGUCGCCGGCGGCAAUGAUUGGGGGCGUCCCUCCGUUGAGGCAGAGGAGGAGGAGAUACCGGAAACAAUACCCGGGUGAACAAAAGGGGAUAACUGAAGAGAUGAGGUUCGUUGCUAUGAGGCUGAGGAAUAGCGGUAAACCAAAGAAGAGCCAAAAGGGUACUAAAGAUUCUGGGAGCGAGAAUGAAUCUGAAAGUGAGAUUCCUGAUUAUGAUGAUGAUGAAAAUGGCGGGUCGGUUUCUGAUAAAGAAGUGGAAAAUGAUGGAAGCGGAAAUGAAGAGACUUGGGAGCCCAGUGUUGAAGGGUUUAUCAACUACCUUGUUGACAGUCAGCUUGUUUUCAGUACUAUUGAGCGCAUUGUUGACGAGUCCGAUGAUGUUUCUUAUGCCUACUUCAGGAAGACGGGGCUAGAACGAUCAGAUUCUCUAUCAAAAGAUCUACGAUGGUUCAGCGAAGCCGGAAAUGUGAUCCCAGAACCCAGUCCUCCGGGGGUAACUUAUGCGAGCUAUCUAGAGGAACUAGCUGAAAAGACUCCUCCUUUGUUUUUAUGCCAUUUCUACAACAUAUAUUUCUCCCAUGUUGCCGGAGGACAAGUUAUAACCAAAAAGGUCUCUGAGAAGUUAUUCGAGGGAAGGGAGCUGGAGUUCUGUGCAUGGGAGGGGCAAGAAGAAGAAUUGUUAAAAGUAGUUAGAGAUAACCUCAACAUGGUUGGAGAGCAUUGGUCUAGAGAUGAGAAAAACAAAUGUCUAAGAGAAACGACUAAGGCAUUCCGGUACUUGGGUCAGAUAGUACGUUUGAUCAUUUUGUAGAACAAAGGAGAGUCAGACUCGAGAUACAGUAGAAAUCAGUGAUUACUAGUCCUAUUACAAACCCUUCUGAUCCCAAGGCUCGAUUCUAGACACAGUGGUCGUGGCAAUCAAUGUCGCCUUUGCCAGCAAGGAAAACGUUUUGCCCUUUUGCCAAUGAGGUUUUAUCACUAGAGAAACUGAAAAGUGACAUGAUUGUGAAAAUGCAAUUGUUAUACAGAGAUUUAGAUUCUUCCAAAUAGAGCUUUGACUAAGGAGGGAAUUCUUAGCUGUGUACACUAACCAAAAUCGUGUCUUUGUAAGACCAGAACUCCUCUUUGGACAUGUUUUUUGUAAAUGUGAUUCAGUUUGUUCUUAUUCAUGUAAUCUAUGUUCAUUCUCGUAAUCCCGAAUGCAGAAAUCACGAUAAUCAC